CAUUCUUUGAACAGACACUCUACUCAUCACUCUUUGAACAAGCGACUCUACCAAAUGGACAACAAACUGUGGAUUGCAUGCUUUUGGAAAAUGGCCAUGGCUGCACUUUUGGCAGCAGCGCCAAUGGGAAAGAAUGAUGCCAAAGCUCCAAUCAAGCUAGAUAUGGCUCCAAACUCUGUUGAUGACAUGUACGCUGGAUGUGAAAGCAAGAUGGAAGCUCUAGUGAAUAGCACGUACUUGGUGAAUGAAUUAAAGAAUGACAAAGUUUUUGAAAAGGCUUGGAAGAAUGCAAGUAAAAAACACAAUACUGAGCUGUCAGAGUAUCAGAGAAGGGCUGUUUAUGUUUAUACAGAUAAAAAUACAAAUAUCUAUUCCGUCUUCAAUGAAAAGGUUCGAACCCAGAGGUCCGGUUACAAGACUGAGGCAUUCAAGUAUCAUUCACUGCACUUCUUCCUCACACGCGCCCUUCAAACUCUCAAACUUAAAAAUAAAAAGUGUCUCACUGGAUACCGCAGAACCAACCUCAGCUUCACCUACAACCCCAAAAACCCAAUGUUUCGCUUUGGGUCCUUCACCUCCAGCUCACAUACUACAUACGCUAAUGAUACAUUUGGAACUAAAACGUGCUUUGAGAUAUACACCUGCUUUGGAGCCGAAAUCUCAUCGUAUUCUGCGUUUGAGUCAGAGAGAGAAAUCCUGAUUCCUCCUUAUGAGAUUUUUAAAGUCAGAAAGAGAACAGAGCCAAAGAAAUCUCUUCCAUGUGAGGUGGUCUACACAGUUGAAAGCACAGGGAAAACUCAAUCCAAUUUGAAUUGUGCUCUUGUGAAAAAAAAGUGACACAUUUAACAGAUGUUUGCUAUUGUUAUAAAAAAAAAAAACAUACAGAAUUGUGGCAGAUUAGUCGAUUAAUAUUUUAGAAUCUAUUUAAAAUUGGACCCACAGAUUCACUGCAAAUGUUAAAGAACAUGAUAGAUAGAUAGAUAGAUAGAUAGAUAGAUAGAUAGAUAGAUAGAUAGAUAGAUAGAUAGAUAGAUACUUUAUUCAUCUCAAUGAGAAACAGUCAUUUCAGUUGAAAUAUUUAAUUAAACCCAGUUAUUUAAAAGUAUGAAUUUUAAUUUAGAAACUGAACAGCCAGAUGUUUUUUCCACAUUUACAGACAAUUGUUUUAUCCUUUAUGCUCGUGUUAAAAUACUUUGUGAUCCGUCUAAUCUUACACCCUGGAUGUGACUUAACUUUCUGCUUUCUACAAAAGUGUACUAGCCUCACUUGUCCUCAGCUAUGCAACAGAAAAAGUCUUUGAUUGGUUUAACCUUACAAAUAAACUAGUGGUGGAAGUUCCUUUUUGUAGUAAACAUACCAAGAAAAGUAAAAAUACAUCAUUACAAGGAAAGAUUCAUCACGAAAACACUUAAUUAAAAGUAUUAUCAGCAAAGACAUAUUUCCAAUGUUGUUGGUUUUGUAUGUCGUUCACAUUAAAAUGUUGAAGUUUGCUCUAUGUAUGAGCAUGUGCACGCUGUCCAGAAGUUAAAGGGGGGAGGUUUGCUCUCUGAGGGUGUGAGAGGAAGGGGAGGUUCAGAAGACUACGAAGACCUGGCUCUUCUGCUCUUGGCGUUUCCAUCUUCUCCUUAUGUGUAACAAAUGAAUCUAUAUGUUGGAAUUAUUGUACAUAAUUUAUCCCAUAUUUACUCUGAGUGUUUAUGUAUCUAUUAACCUCCUAGUAUGCCAAUGUGCAACAGUAUAUGUCUGUAGAGUUGCUUUGCAGGAAGGAUAAGUAGGGGAACGUGAUUUCUGCUGAGUCGUCCCAGAACCAUCAGUGACAUGCAGAAAGUGCGUCCUCGCCGCAGAAAUAUGGCUGAAGACGGAGCAUACCGUCCCGAGGACAAAGUCAAAGCGAGUAAACAUGUACCAAGAAGAUAGUGCUUGUAUCGUUUGAGAAGUUGCAGCUAUGUGCUCCCCCUCCCCAUUAGCGCUGCAACUUCUGUUGUAACCAGGGACCUCCCUAAGGAAAUAAAGAAAGAGGGUACGGCGAGGUACGCUUCAGAGCGGUAGGAGAUUGUA